ACUGUAACCUAAACACGAAAGAGGACAACAAGAGUACUGCAGCAAGGUUUAUACCCUGCAGCAAGAUAACAAGAUUGUUAUCAAAGAGUCGCUGGCAUUUAGAAUGUCAAACAUUAAAUCUGCCAAAAUCAUUUUUGUUAAAGUUUUAGCAAGUAAUGACCAAGGAGCAAUGGGCUACAGUGCGCUUGCAAAUGUAUUUUCCUACACAAAUUUGGUGCAUGCAGUUGCUGGAGCAGUGGGCAGUGUUGUGAGCAUGAUCGUCUUUUAUCCAUUGGACACAGCUAGAACAAGGUUACAGGUUGAUGACAAAAGAAAGGCAAAUCAUACACCCACAGUUAUAGCUGAUAUCAUAUCACAAGAAGGCUUCACUGCAUUGUACAGAGGCCUAGUUCCUGUGCUGACGACCAUCAGCUGUUCCUACUUUGUUUACUUCUACACAUACAAUUGUCUUAAAACUGCUUUCAUCGGCAAAGAGAAACCAAGCUCAAUAAAAGACUUGUCAUUCGCUUUCAUAGCAGGUGUAGUGAAUGUUCUAGUGACCACGCCAUUAUGGGUUGUAAACACACGUCUCAAACUGCAAGGUGCCAUCAUGGAAACAGAGGAUCUCCAUGACAACCAGCAUGCCAAAUACAGAGGCAUUCUUGACUGUUUAGUGAAGGUUGCGCGUCAGGAAGGUGUGUGGUCCCUGUGGAAUGGAACUAAGCCCUCGAUUGUCCUCGCCUCCAACCCGGCCAUCCACUUCAUGGUGUAUGAGGCUGUGAAAAGAUAUUUCCAACAUGCUUUCAAUCAAACUGAGUUGAGCGGGUUGGUGUAUUUCGUCAUUGGAGCCAUAGCGAAGACAGUUGCUACGGUAUUAACAUACCCGCUGCAGGUUAUACAGUCCAGAAUGAGGGUCCGGUACCGACAAUCCAACAACAGCUCCAGUACUUGGGACGCUUUGAUGGACAUAGCUAGAACCCACGGUAUGUCCGGGUUAUACAAGGGAAUGGAGGCGAAACUGUUACAGACUGUAUUCACGGCGGCCCUUAUGUUCAUGGUCUACGAGAAAUUGACUGCAGCAACUUUCCGCAUGAUGGGCUUAGCAUACGUGAAACCAGGCCAAACACUUACUUGAUAUUGACCUUACUUGAAAAAAUAUGUGCCAAAGUAAUUGUUAUUGGUGGUAAUUAUAUAAUUCUAGUAUUCGGCAGUAUUUGUUUCACAUUGCCGUGUUUUAUGCCGUACUUGAUUUAUGUGACGUUCCUCAAAGUACUUUUUAUUUCCAUUUAUAUCUCAUUUUCCACGCAUAUCAAAAUGUUAUUGAUUGUUCCACGAUAUUAUUUUGUAUAAUAUUAAAAAACACACAUAAAUCCUA